UUGAAUGUGCAAUGAAUUUCACAAAUGCAAAGUUAGAUUCUAGCCGUUCUUUGGAAGUUGCCUGGCAACCUCUAUUAAAGUAUAGGAUAACCUUCGUUUGCAAUAUUGGGUAUUUUCUUUCAAAGUGUUAUGGAGUAAGAUUAGAGCCGGAUACAAGAAAUGACAACCGAAAGUGUAAAGGUAAACUUAAAAACAAAUUGUAGGAAAGAUAUUGACUUCGGAUGCAUGAGCCAUUGAAUUUUUUAGGGAACUGGCAAAGCUGUGUAAAUAGUAAGCGAAAAUCAUGCAAACGAUCUAGACAGUUGAAAGCAAAAUUUGAGUGUGUGGAUAAAGACAAGAUGUUUUCCUCAUACCAAACUGACAGUUAAUUCGUUAAAUGACUCUGUUGUGGAGAGAUGCAGUUACAAAUGGUUGGCUAGGAAAGUAAUCAGUAGCAUCUGAAGACAAACUACUCAUGAUAAGAGAUAACGUUGUAACAACUCUACACAUAGCUGUAUCCAUCUCAAGGUCACGGGAACAAAGCAAAGCAAGACGAUAUGGCCAAAAUGAUAAUAAAGUUGCUUAUACUCGUUCUUUCUACAGUUUUCAGUUCAGCGUGGUAUUAUUCACAUCAAGAUGUAGGAGAAGUGAAGAUCGCAGGAAUAUUCAAUGUUCAUCUUAAGGGCAAUCUUGGAAAAGGCUACUUCAAACGCUGUGGUAUCAUCGAUCCUCAAUACGGAAUUAUGUUUGUCGAAGCCAUGCUAUUCGCGUUAGACCGUAUAAACAAUGAUACUUCAAUACUUCAUGGAUUGAAACUGCGCACGCGGAUUUACGAUACGUGCGGGGACAAGCUCUACUUGCGCAAUAUUCUAGUGCAAGUGGCAAACUACCAUUCUCAAGGCGUUGUAGGCCCCCAAUAUUCGGACGAUGCAAUAACAACCGCAACGGUAAUGAACAUCUUCGGUAAAAAUACCAUCAGCUACGCUGCAACAAGCCCGGAUUUAGAAAACCGCAUCCGGUAUGGCUAUUUUUACCGUACGGUACCAUCAGAUUACAACGCUGUGAAGCUUUUGGUGAGUUUGGCGUUGAAAUUCAAAUGGAAUUACAUUGCACUUAUCAGUUCAGAAGGAAACUAUGGUCAAAGAUCAUCGGAUCUUUUUCGAGAUUCUGCAACAAAACAAGGAAUUUGCAUCCCUAUAGACAUGACGAUAUCAGAGGAUGCCAAAACCGGUGACUACGAAUACAUACUGCAGAUGAUAAGGAAGCAAAGCGCUAUUAAGGUUGUGUAUCUGUUGUUGACAGACAACCAUCUAAAAAUUUUCUUUGAAGUUGCUCAGAAGUUGAAAGAAGAUAUCGGGUAUCUGCAGUUUGUCGCAAGUGACGGGUGGGGAACAAGAUCUUUUGUGGCAUCAGGAAAAACAGUUGCAAAUGGAACAAUUACUUUUCAGGUGGAUCACAGCGAAGUUAGGGAAUUCAGAGAAUAUUUUCUCAAACUCAAGCCUGCAACAAACAAAAGAAAUGUUUGGUUUAAGCAGUUCUGGGAGGAAACGUUCAACUGUACGUUUAAGAACUCAACAGUCCAGAAAUCCUGCACAGGUGAUGAAGAACUUAUGGACGGAGUAGGUUAUUACAGCCAGACACCAGUCCUAUCAGUUAUAAAUGCCAUGUAUGCAUAUGCUUAUGCGUUUAAGAGAGUUAUAUGGUAUGAAUGCCUGAAGAAAAACAAAACAGCUGAUUACUGCAGCAAGAAUAACGCCAUGCUACAAAAGCUUACUAGUUACAGAGCAAUAUUAUUCUAUCUGCGAAAUACGCGGUUCAAGGAGCCAUUCAGGAACAAAAUCUUUAAAUUUUCAGCAUCAGGGGACUACGAUGAAGAUUACAAAAUCUACAACUUUCAAAUGCCAAACAACACAACUCAAGGAAUAUUUAAAGAAGUAGGGAGGUGGAACAACGUUGACAACAAAACAGUGGUAUUUAGAAAUACGGUACAAAACUUUCCCCUUCAACCAGAGACGUGGCGCCUGAACAUUGAUGCUGAUAGAAUAGGCUGGAAAUCUAACGCAUUGCCCGUUUCAGUCUGUAGUAGACCAUGUGAUCCGGGACACGUCCAUCAUUUCAGAUCAGCCUGCUGCUGGACCUGUGUUGCAUGUAAAAGAAAUGACGUCAUAAGGAACAACACUUGCCUGUCCUGUCAUCUGACGGCAGUACCAGACCCCUCAAGGAGAUACUGCAACCCAUUGCCUGUAAAAACUAUUGCUAUGUACAAACACAUAUCGGUUACUAUUCUCUCCGCUUCAAUCCUCGGAAUAUUUGCUACGUCUGCAGUAGGGGCCCUGUUCUUGAAGAACUUCGACCGGCGCAUCGUCAGGGCAUCAAGCCGUGAAUUAUGCCUUCUAAUGCUUCUAGGCAUAAUUUGUGCGUAUGCCUCUCCAAUCGCUUUCAUUAUCAAACCCAGUUCAAUGGUCUGCAACUUACAACGCGUAAGUGUUGGCAUUGGUUUAAGUUCGUGCUAUGCGCCACUGCUGUUGCGGACUAACAGGAUUUAUAGGAUUUUCAAGAGUGCCAAAACGACAGCCUCUCGUCCGUCCAUGAUCAGCCCUCGAUCUCAAAUUGCCAUGUCAAUGGGAAUCUCAGGAAUCGGCAUUUUGAUCGGCCUCGUAUCGAUUCUUGGGCGUGAUUCACAGAUUAACACCGCAUACCCAAGUCACAGGGAAUUCGUCGUUCAGUAUUGCGAGUUAAAUGCACAGACGAUGAUCGUUAACUUGUCCUUUAGCUCAGCCUUAAUGAUUGCUACAACAUGGUUUGCCUUCAAAACGAGAAACUUCCCAAAGAACUAUAAUGAAGCAAAGUACAUUGGGUUGACAAUGUACGUUACAUGCCUUGUUUUGGCAGUUGUAUUGCCGCUGUUCCUGUUUAUAAAUGACGAAGAAGGGAAAUCACGUACAUUGACUUUAUGCUCCCUUUGUUUGAUAACAGCAUCAGUCAACUUGCUUGGACUGUUUGGCAAUAAAGUGAAACUGCUUGUGUCGAGAAAUGCCGUCGAAAAAGAUACAAACAUUACGACGUUGGAAACCACAAGAACCAAUAUGCAAAGAAUUGGAGUUACGGUCAGUUUUAAUGACAAGACUGAAUUUAAGGGUGAAACAAGCUGUGAUCGCACAACAAUUACGCCAACCGCGUAACUGUGCUCGAAAUUUCAGAAGAACGAUACUGGGCUUAGUUGAAGCAUCAUUCUGCAAUCAGUAACCAUCUAUAUUAAAACGGAGCCCUAAAAGGACAACAAAAUUAGCAAACCAUAGUAUUUUUCUUUCUCAUCCUUAAGAAACUGCUCGAAAAUCUUUGUUUUAAAGAUGGGUUUGAAUGAUUCUUCUCUGCGAUUAGGCACCAAUUUUCUGUUUGACAAAGAUGAACAAAAGAAGUGUUUCUUUUGACUUUGUAGGUGUUCUGCUUCGUGUUGUCUCACAUUAAAUGUUUAUUUCUCUAAAAAGUAUCUCUAAAUGUUUUGGUAUUUAAGGAAACUUUAAGAAACUUUUACACAUAGAUUAACAAAAGAAAGUGCGAGCUUAUCCCGAGUUCAGUUUCUUAUAAAAAUGAAUUACACAGUUAAACAUGUCAUUGGUUGUGACAUGACAGUGAAACAGAUAGAACUAUAGCCUUUUAGCAAACAAGUAUUGAUGAUAUGAAUGCUGUUCAACCGGCAUUUUAGCUUACUUUGUACCAAAAUGGUAAUGAGCUAAUGAGGUAUAGGCAGCGAUGAUCACAAAAACCUUCUUCUCCUCAUAUAUAAGAAGAGGCAUAUAGAAAUACUACUCGGAUGUAAUUUGAUUUUCUUUUUCAUUUACGAAAUACUUCACAUCAAUAAACUGCAUCUCAAAGAUCUUUAUCCUGCCAUCAUUAUUAGAUAAAUAUGAAAUUUCUAAAAAGUCUAACAAGAAUAUCUUAUAGCCAGGAGCGGAUCCAGGAAAUUUUCGACCGGUGCUUAGUUUAAGGGACCACAGCCAACAAAUUGACCACGCCCAUUUUCGGUGGCGAUGUUAAGUAGCGUAUUUUUUCCAAUGAGCAUCCCUCUCUAAUGCACGCCCCCCUUUUGUGCAAAAUUUCUCUAAUCAGCACCCACCCUCCAAUGAGCGCCCCCUAAAUAUUUUGUAAACAUAUAGAGACCAGCUAAUCUUUACAGUAGUAAUCAGUUUAAAUAUAUUGAAUAAAACCUAUGCUGUUUCAAUUAGGAAACUCUUCUGCAACUACUGACAGAAUUACAUAAAAAUACAUUUGAAGGUAUUUACAAUUUAAAUAUUCAGGAUGCCACACCAGUAUGUUAAGCAAAUCUACUAGGAUUUUGACUCGGAUGAACUUGAAAUCUUGUAAUUAUUAUGGCCAUAACAAGUGUGAUUGAUUUUUCUAAAGACAAUCAUUGUUUAAAUUCCAAAGCUCAACUUUUUAUUGAUGGAUAUUUAUCUUUUUCUCAAUAAGCCCACUCUCUAAAGUGGCCAAAAAUAGAAUAGAAUACGGUAAACAAGAGUGGCUGUGGAAGCAAGGAAAGUAUUGUACAAAAUAAGGCAAUGUAUUUCAUGAGAAUUUAGAAAAUGUUUUACGGAAUUCGUUACACUGGUUGAAAGCUAUCUUUUGCAGCUUGGAAUUGUGUUCUUAAAAAAUGAAUUUUACUUCUCUUUCAUUUAUCUGUUUUGUUAAAAAUUUUGUUGAUGUUCCAAAAAUUUUGACAGGCAUUUACACGCCUCUUUGAACUAUUCUUCCUUUAGAAAAAUCACAAAGGAGGGCUGCGAUGCCAUUACUCGCGUAAAAAAACAAAGCCAAUAUCUCAACACUUCAAUUAACGCUUUGUCGUAGUAUCACAAUUACCUCAAGCAAACAGCAUUGAUUCGCGUUUGCGAAACUCAAAUCAACUAAUAACAAACAUGGCUAAUAAAACGCAACCUGGCAUGUCACCCUAUUUCUCAACCAGAUGCAUAUAAUAUUUUCUGAUGUCUUGCAAUUUUUCAAAACGAUUGUGUGUUACCACUUACCUGAUAGAUAGUUAUCUUAGGCCGUAGCUUUGCUACACUUCCGGGAAAAAGCUGUGAAUCAGUGAACGAGUCGGCGCUUUUGUCGUCCCAAUAAAACUCGAAAACUCCACAACGCCCCUUCUCUAUCAUUUCUUUGACCAGGCUUUUCUUUUGCCAUAAAUAUUAAGGCAACGUUUCUGUUCAUGCACCCCGUAAUACCAACGAGAGUUGCCGCAAAUCCCAAAAGCCUAUGCCAGUUCCCUAUCCAUCAAUUUCCCUGAAUUUUUAUUGGCUAUUUCGUCUUGACCGGUGCUCAGAUGACGUUGAGCACCGGUGAAAAAGCAAAUGAUUGGAUAAUGCUGGAUCUGAGCACCGGUGAGAAAGGAGUUGAUUGGCUAGCUCCGCUCGUGACAAUUCUAAUUAACGAACCCACCGGUGCUCGGAAUAGCAUUGAAUAAUUGGUCAGCACUUGCAUUCUACCAGAAUUUUGUUCCGGUGAAUAUGCCACGAUUGUAAACAUUAACACGACAAAAGAAAAUUCUUUAGAUAAAAGGAUAUUUUUCAUGCAAAAUAGAUGAAAACAUCGAAUCAAUAGAAAUCUUUAGCUUUUUUCGGAAACACGCACAGGAACAGGUACCUGAAACAGUACUUUGACAAUCUGACUGGUGCUUAAGCACCCUUUGCACCCCCUGGAUCCGUCACUGUUAAAGCAAUACAUCAAUAACCAGUAAAAAUAAUUACCC